UUGGAGCAAUCGCGGAGGUAGCACAAGAGUUUUCGGGAAAAUUGUUGGCGUGGAUGGAUACCGGAGAUGCACUUUCAGAAAAAUUUUUCGCGGGUUUACGGAAUUGGUUGAAUAAAUCGGGUGGAUUCAUUUCAGUCAAAUCUGGUGAUAAUACCAUGUCCGAUUGGACUCAUAAGGGUGUUUUCGAGUACUUUAAAGACGAUCAUAGGUUAUAUGAUGAUUUACCAAAUUGUAGUAGUGGGGUCGUGGUGUUUGAUAUGGAUGUGAAUCGAAGGGUAAUUGAUGAGUGGUAUAAAUGUGCAUUAAAUAAAGAAUGCAUAGCUCCAAGUGGUAGUAGUCGACUAAAUCACCGCCAAGAUCAGGCUAUAAUAACUUACUUACUUGCGAGAAGAGGAAUUUAUUGUAACGUAACAAAAGAAGAACUUGGCGUUGAGAUUCAUUUAGACAAGACAUGUAAAGAAUAUAAUAAAAAAUAUGAAAGAAAAUACGGUUUAGAUCAUAUUGUUUGA